CUGUGGCCAGGCCUCUGCCCCACUAGACCUCAGUGUGGCCCACAGCACCAUCUGCUCCACACACAGGGCCUCACUUGCAUUCCACACAGCCAUGUUUUCACACACCCGUGUGGCACUGGUGACCGGGGCCAACAAGGGCAUCGGCUUCGCCAUCGCGCGCGACCUGUGCCGGCAGUUUUGGGGGGACGUGGUGCUCACUGCGCGGGACGCGGAGCGGGGCCAGGCGGCCGUGCAGCAGCUCCAGGCGGAGGGCCUGAGUCCGCGUUUCCACCUGCUGGACAUCGACGACCUGCAGAGCAUCCACGCCCUGCGCGACUUCCUGCGCAAGGAGUAUGGGGGCCUGGACGUGCUGGUCAACAACGCGGGCGUCUUCUUUGAUACUGAUGAUCACAAACCCUUACACAUUAAAGCAGAAGCCACAAUGAAAACAAACUUCUUUGGUACCAGAGACAUGUGCACAGAACUGCUGCCUCUAAUAAAACCCCAAGGCAGAGUGGUAAAUGUGUCUAGCAUACUGGGCUUAGUAGCUCUUAAAUACUGCAGCCCAGGAAUGCAGAAGAAGUUCAGAAGUGAGGUCAUCACAGAGGAAGAGCUGGUGGGACUCAUGAAAAAGUUCGUGAAUGAUACGAAGAACAGAGUGCACCAGAACGAGGGCUGGCCUGAUAUGAAAAUGCUCACAUAUGGAGUAUCAAAGAUGGGUAUCACAGUUCUGUCUAAAAUCUAUGCCAGGAAGCUGAGUGAGCAGAGGAGAGGGGACAGGAUCCUCCUGAAUGCCUGCUGCCCUGGGUGGGUGAGAACAGACAUGGGUGGACCUACAGCCAUUAAAAGUCCAGAAGAAGGAGCAGAGACCCCCGUCUACUUGGCCUUUUUGCCCUCAGAUGCUGAGGGGCCUCAUGGGGAGUUUGUUAUGGAGAAGAAAGUUGAACAAUGGGAACCCCCCCCUGAGUUCCCUUCAUGGGCCUUAUUAUGAUAUUGCCAUGAUUUGACCAAACAUAUUUCAUUAUCAACAAUAUCCUUAUUGAAAAAAAAAUUUUCAUAUCAAGUACUCACAUUGAAUUGUCUACUAAUUCUGUGAAGUCUUUUGUGAUUUCUUCUGUGAUAUAUGAGAAAACAAGUGGAAUUAAUGACAAUAAUGAAUGAACAUCAUAGAUCAAUAAACAAUUCUCAGUAAAUGUC